UCCUAGUUGACUCAUUAUAUGUUUGUGAACACUAGGACUGUAUAUUUUCACCCUUGUGGUGAUGCGUUUUUUAUAUAAUUCCCGGCCUGUUUCAGUUGUGCAAAUUGUGAAGGUUUUGCAUGAUUCUCAUGCGGUUGCAAAGUUGUCAAAUGUGUGGACCUUCUUGCUCAUAAGUAUCACGAUAAGGAUCCACAUCAUUAGCAUGGUACUCCAGUGGUGUGAUCUUUGUCACUAUGGGAUUGCAAUGAUUUCCAUCAUGUUCAUGCUGUUGAUGAUCUUCAUAUUCAUGAAAGUACUAGGAUCAUCGUGCUCAUCUUCUUCAUCUUCUUAUUUCUAUCAUUUGCAGAACAGGGGAACUGGAUCAUAUCCCCCCUUAAUCUAUACUCCAUCUAAUGAAUGACGUGUAGAUUACAAUAAUAAUAGUGGUUGCAAGUUCGACUGUAUUCCAGCGAAUGAAUACAAUACGGAAAAAACGUGAUGCAUGUUAUGAUUGAAGAUGAAUAAUUUUUGUUGCACAAUAUUAGAAACAUAGGCUAUUUCUACGUAGCCGAGUAUAAGCCUUAGAGCUCUUCUCCGAAGUCUUCUUCAACAACAUUCUCAGUGUUGUUUUGUUCUUCUCCGUUUUCCUCAGGGGCAGCGGCUGCUUCUGCUGGUGCUGCUUCUCCCUUUUUUCUGGCUUUCUUCAGCGGCGGCCCUUUUGCUCCACCGUCUUCUUGUUUACCUUUCCCCUUUUUGCCUUUUCUUUUGUCUCCUUUGUGCGGCUGCUGCACCGCUUGCUUCCCCUUUCCUUUGUGGUAGCUGCUGCCGUUCUUCGUCGCCGAACUACUACUACUACUGGAACUGCUAGAAGAAGAAGGAGUCAGCUUCCCAGGUGCCAUUUUGUGGGGCACCCGUGUCGACGUUGGACAGGCUUGAACGAGGUUGAUUGUAUUCUCCAUAACUCCCAUGGAUCCAACGGCAUCCAGGUUACUCACCGUCUCCCGAGCGUAAAUUAAACGGAGAAUGCAAUUGUGGAAGAAUGCGCUUCCUUCUUUCCUCAUUUUCCUUGCCAGGUCCCAAUACUCAGUCUGCAGAGCAAGACCCAUAUCCGAGCACUGUCGACUGUAGUGAGAAUUCACGUUCGGGCCGUGAUUGAUUAUCCACUCCUUCCAAACAUUCUCCUCUUGGACAAGCAUGCACGAUAAGCAUAGUUGGAAUGCUUUUGCGUAGUCGCCGUCCGACCUACAUCCUUUCAAAGUUGCGACGUGUCGCUCAGUGAUCUCGUAGAAGAUGUGACUCUUUAUUCCGAGAUCAGCUGGAACAGCAGGCGAAGGGGGUCUUGUAGCAAGUGACACCUCGUUACCUCGGAUUGCUGACAUCAAAGAUUGACGCCAAGCUUCCGUCCCUUGUAGUCGUUGAGGCUCCUUCGGAACGAUUACUCUCGCGAAGCCCGACAUUUUGUUUUUGUUUUGGGUAGUUGUAAUCUAUAUUGUUAGAUAAUUACAAAAUACAACGGUAAACUAUUGAAGAAAUACUAUACGCGCACUAAAUAUUUAUGACUAGAACCCAGCUAGAAAUAGACGAAAAACAAAUUUCGAAACAGUAAACAAGAAUAUGCAUGAAAAUCCGAUAACGUUUAACGAACUUAACAGAUGCAAGCAUCAAUACACAUGAGAUCCGACAACGAACCUCGAUGAGUAGAAAAAAAAUUAAGUUUACUUUUUGGGUUUUGUUCCUGCGAUUUUAUGGCAUAGACUCACAAGUGUCGGCUUAUUAAGUGCUUUUGUGAAGAUGUCUGCCUUUUGCUCGUCAGUGGGACAGAAGUGUAGAUCUAAUUUCCCUUCUCCGACAACUUGGCGGAUCCAGAGUAAUUCAAGACCCAUAUGCUUGACCCGACGAACUUCUGGCGAUUCGCCGACCGCUUUCGCGCUUCGGUUAUCGAUCAUUAAAGGAAUUGGAGCUAGAGACUUUUUCAAACGGCCAUGCGGAUCCGUCGAUUUUGAUUGUCGGCUAUUGCCUAGAUUUUCAAGAGAUUCCUGAAGUAGUCUCCGGAGGUAAACUGCCUCCCGCGCGAUUUCAGUCGCGGCUAUAAGCUCCGCUUCUGUCGUUGACAGUGCUACGACAGGCUGCUUUUUACUUCGCCACGCGAUAGGCGUGCACUUGGUUUGGCCUAAUUCGACGAGACCUCCACUGACCGAUCUACGGGUCUUUUUACAUGUUCCCCAGUCAGCAUCUGACCAAGCUUUUGGAGUUAAGUCACCGUCGCGACCAUCAAUGUCUAGGGCGAAGCUCCGCGUCUUGCGAAGAUAUCCUAAUAAUCGAUCACACACUCGCAGGGCCACUGGCGUGGGCUCCUCUAGACAUGUGGAUAGGUAUUGAACGACAUACGCAAUGUCAUACCGUGUUGAUGUACAUAGGUACAUGACCGCACCGACAAACUUCCGGUAGGUCGAUUUUUGUACGCGUGUAGCGAUUUUCGGGCGAGAUUUCUCAGAAAGCUCUUUUUCGAAACGAUCUAUCUCCGCCCGUGUUAUGGGAGUAUCGCACUCUUUCAGAGUUUUAUCUGGGUCAAAGUCCUGCAGAAUCUUAUCGACCAGAUUUUCUUGACUCAAGGCCAGUCUGCGUCUCUUCUUGAGAACGUUGAUGCCUAGAAACUUAUACAGUAGUCCGCCGUCCUCGAGCUUUUGCGGUUCACACGUAUUGUGUUCGAACCUGUCGAGGAUCGAGCCUCGAACCGCGGCUAUGUCCUCUUUCCGACCUAGAAAGACUAUGUCAUCCACGUAUGCGAGCAUGCACACACGGCGCUCGCCGUGAAAAAACAUGGACGGUUCGUUUAAGCUCUGUUUCCAACCGGAGCUGGUGGCGUGUCUUGCGAACGUCUUAGCCCAGAGAGCUGGAGCACUUUUCAAUCCAUACAGGGCUUUCUUGAGUUUCCAUCGGACAUUCUCCUUUCCUUUGCGCCAUUCGGGGGGUGGUAUGCAGUAGACGUCCUCGCCGACUAUGUCUGCAUAUAGGAAAGCUGUCUUGACAUCAUAUUGCUCGAGAUCAAAGUCUAGCGCCAUGGCUAUCUUGAACAUGAGCCGAAUACUUGGGAUCCGAGGGACGGGCGAGUAGAUGCUCUCUUGGUAUUCUACUCGGUUUCCGAGCACGACGGCGCGACAUUUGAGUCGCCCACACUCUUUGACAUUAUAUAGUACUCGUAUCGGCACAGCCUUCGCUCCUGGAGGCAGGUCGUUGACCGAUAUUUCAUCGAAUACGUCUCGUCCCUUGAUCGAGUUUAGCUCUGACGCCAGCGCGGCGGCCCAGCCUCCUGGAUCCUCUGCGAGUGCCUGUUUUCGCGUCAAGGUCCUUAGCAGGAGGACAUACUCAUCGUGGGUCAGAGCGUCCGUAGUGUCGCCAAUCUCGAUUUCUGAUUGAUUCUCGAUGAUGUUGGCUAUGAAGUCGACACUCUGAGGGGACAGGUCCUCGAUGAAUGUGACUGCCGCAGUGUGUCCACUGGGAAGCAAGGUCUCUUCUUCCUUGUGCUUACUGCGUCUCUCCAGUUCUCGCUGCAGGUUAAGGUGUACAGGCCGACUCUCUAAGCCCAUUUCCUCACGGAGCGCUUCCGCGAGUGCCACUGAUCUAUGGCGACCUUUCGAGCACUGGAGCACGAGCUUUCCGCUCUUUUUGAGAAGUUUGGUCGCAUCGCUGAGGAAUUGCGAGUAGUUCUCAUGUGUCUUGAUACCGUCAGACACUUCAGCGCAGAGGCCUGUGCUGUUUGGAAUGUACCUAGCUGGAUCAGCUGGAAAAUAUUUAUUGACUCGGAGAACAGCCGCGCCGAGGCGCUUGAGCUUGGCGGGGAUUUUGUCUCCACAGCUGAAGAGUUGAUACCGACUCAGAUUCUUUGGGACUUGGAGCUUCUCCAACAUAUCACGCGUGAGACGGACUACGGACCCCGACUGUGCGGCGUCAGCCUUUUCUGGUUGUCCACUGUCUCCACUUUUGUCCGGUUUCGCUUCGGGAGCGAUGGACGGGCGGGAUGAAUCCCCCCUGUAUGUUGGCUCCGCGCCAAAGUCUACUUCCCUGGUCCUGGUGACCUUUUUCUUCUGCUCGUCCCAGACUAAAUAGUCUGGCGAUAGGUGCGAGUAUCCUACAAAAAUACCCGGAAGAUACGCGCGCUCCAUCUUCGUUUUCACGAAGUUUUUGUAUCGGCAAGGCGUCCCGAAGGUCCGCAUAUGCUGCGCGCCGGGCUUAACCCCGUUACGCUUUUCGUAGGAGCUCACGCUCCCGAGUAUCGCGCGUGGCGACCUGUUUAAUGCAUAGCAGAAUGCCUGUGCCGCGAAACCCCAAUAGGUGUCUGGGAGUCGCGCUGUAUCUAGGAGACACUUCAUCCCCUGCAUGACGAGACGAUUAUGAACUUCCGCGCUACCAUUUUGCGCCGGUGAGUACGGUGAUGUCUUGCGCGGCCUGAUGCCGUGCUUUCUCAACAGUUUGAGGAAGUCGCCGUCGAAUUCUUUUCCGUUGUCCGAGCGGCAGACUUUCGGCACUCCAAACAUGUCCAUCCAUUUCUGGAGUCCGGUGUAUGCGUCGCUUUUGCGCGCAAUUGGGAAGACUUCUACCCACGAGUCAUAUCUAUCCACGAUGAUGGCCCAGUAGCGGUUGCCGCCUAUCGAUUCAGGUAGCGGCCCGCAGAGGUCCACGCUGAUUGUGUGCCCAGCUUCGGUCGGGAGGAGUCGUUCGCGCGUUUCUUUGCUGAACGGUUUCCGGCGAGCCUUAUUCAGUCGGCAAGCCUCACAGGACGGCAUGUAGGUUGAAUGCCCCAUCCUGUUGUGGAUGACCUCUUGGGUCACGUUGAGCUCUCCCGAGUCCAGGUCAGGCCUGUAGCUGAGGCGGAAGAAGUAUAGUCCUCCCCUCUUUGUGAUUGGGAUCAGCGUCCCGCUAGGUGUUCGCAGUCCGUCGAAAUUUUCUGUGACGGUAAAACCUGCGUCCAAGAGCAUACUGAGACUGGCGAUAUUUCGCGCCAUUUUCGGAUUAUAGUACGCACGGCGAAGGGCCAACUUAUGCCCGUUGUCUGCCGUUAGUGUCCGUAGUGAUGCCAUGUAGCCGCCAUUAACAUGCGAUCCAUCCGCUUGUUGGAUUUUCCCGCCGUCUUUGGUCGGAGCACGGAUCAUGUUGGAGUCUUUGACACAAAAUAUUGUGGCUCCACUGUCUAAGAUCCACUCAGUUUCGAUCUCAUCGCUGACAGUGUGCAGAAGGAUGCUUUCGAAUUCUUGAACCGUGCGCAUGCACGCCUGAUCCAAGGGCUGCCGAGUUCCUUCUUUCUGUCCCGUCGCGGACUGAUGCUGCGACGUGUCGAGAAGUUGUUUUUGGUCGCCCUCGCUGACGACUGGCUCGCAGAUGGGACACCCAUCCUUUUGCGAGUCUUGCCUGCACGCACACGACGGAGGUUGCCGCGGCGCCAGACUGUCUUUGUCAAUAGCAUUGACGAGAUCAACUCCCUUCUCACGAAGGAAAUCGAUCCAGUGUACACUUCGUUCCUUUGCUCCAUGCAUCCCAUGGAGGCUUUCUGAUCCAGGUGGACGCCACCCGCCACUGGAUCUUCUUACCUUGGGCACGGGGACCGAGUACGAUACUAAUCCCGUCCCAAGGUUUUCCAUCCUUCUCUUUUGAGAUUCGCUGUUGAGUCACAACGGCGGCACAGCGCCGCCGAGCACUGUGAUGCGCGAGGCGAUGCCGUCCCUCUUCUUGCCUGACCCGGAUGGAUUGGUAGUCAUGCCCUUAGGCUGAUCCUUGUUUUGCGAUCCUCCAUAUUUUCCUCCUUUACCUUUUCCUUUGCCCUUACCUUUACCUUUACCUUUUCCACUGACCUCUGUCUUCUUUUGAGCCUGCCUGGAGAGUAUCUUCUUUGCCUGUUCGGAGAUUGGUUUGGUGCAUUGCCACAUCGUGUGCGCCGAAGAGCCACAGUUGUAGCACGUGCCAGCUUUGUGCUGUUUGAAUGUUGCAGGUGGGUCCGUGACUUGAAAGACUUCCUCAGCGCCCGGCGUGCGUGUAGCAGCGCGCCCGUCCAAGUUGACUUUGUUAUGCAAGGAGUAUUUUGUUUCCUUGACAACAUUCUCCAACUCGAAGUCGCCUCUGAGGUCUCUUUGGAUUCCCUGCAUUUCUUGCGAAGGGAUGUCACUCCCGAUGCCUUUGAGGUAGCACAUUCCUGCAACCUGCUCCAUCGUCAUGCCCUUGACUUUGGCAUAUAUGAUGCGGAAAUCUCGCUCCGCGCUGACAACGUUUUUUGAGGAUGCUUGGAACUCGAUGAGCUGCCAAAAGUCAUCCCAGAUUUUCUGCUGUUGACGGGGAUUUAUCCACCGCUCUAGUUCUUCCAGCAGUUCCUCGACGGUUGCGAAGGUUUUCGUCGCAAGGUGGUCGGCGCAUUCUUGUCCGAUCUUGAUGGACUGUUCGACGCGAUAGACGAGAUCAUCCAAAUCGAGAUGACGCUCAUACGUCGCGCGAAACUUUGCGAGCUUCUUGAGCCACAUAUCGUGCUCCUCAAUCUUUUUGAGUGGCACUAUGUUUUGCUCGACCUUUAUCCUGCGGCGCGACUCCACCGUUUUCCACGGUGUUUUGUCUUCAUCCUCCUCCGCCGGUGGAGGGGUUUCCUCACCCGUUUGCGAGGGGUCCUCCUCUUCGUCCGAUUUGGCGAAGUCCGUAUGGUUGUCGAUUAGGCUACUGUAGAUUUCACCGACUUCGUUGUCCUCUUUGAGAGUAUUUAUCUCCUGGAGGCAAGCAUCAAUUUGCGAUUUCAGAACUCGCUCUUCCCAGAGUGGGUCUCCCUCUUUCAGAGGUUUAGCACCCUCAGGCCAGUCUUCCCUCUUGAUUUUGCAGUAGACGAAUCUGCCGCCGCCGUGUGCUUCCGAGGGGUAGCAGUCUACUUCGGCAUCUUCGUAGUCAGGUGAGCCGUCGACGUUGAUGACGCCGCGCCUGUACUUGAUGCUGCCUUUUCUUUCGGCAUUGUAGUAUUCUGGCUCAAUGUAGACAAACGCCAUUCCACUGAUGACAUACUGCUCCAAGCGCUUCACGCGCGCAGCGUAAAUUUUCAUGGCUGGGGCCAUUUUUUUUUUUUCAGUGGGGUGGGAUCCUGAUCACCACCGAAGCACCCGAGAUAUCGCGCCUUGGCAAAUUGCCGCUAGCUUUCCCACUGUGCAAGCCUCUUUAUGGGGAGAUUUUGCACGGGAUCCGACUCACGUCAAAGGUCAAGUAACAAAAUCUGCCGAAAAAAGACAAGGUGUUAGAUGGACGCGCAGCCGUGUGUCGCGAUAUCGCCCCUUCCGGGGUUUCGGGCGCGCGAACUUCUCCGCCAAACGAAGAAGGACGCGUCUUUUUGUGGGGUUGCGGUCGCCUGGGCGAGCGCAGGUUUUUACUUUUGAAGCAGUCGCGUUUCGCGAAAGCUCGUUUUUCUCUUUCUUAGGUGCCGUCGGACUCAGUCCGAGGGUCUUUAGGUGGGCCGUGGCGACGGCUUUGCCCUGUCUUCGGUCGUACCGUGAGACUUUUUUUUUCUUGUCUAGCUGAGGCCGUAGCCAAAGCUAAUCUGAAUUACUGUCGAGGAGCCACACCCGAACAGCUACAGAUUUUUGUUUAUGGCUGCUGCCGACUAAGUCGGGAGCUUGGUGCCUUUUCUGUUUUGUUUUAGUUGCCCCGCCACUGGGCUAAAGUUGGUUUAUUUUUGUGAAGCAGAUGCUGAGUCUGCUCUAGGGUCGACGGGAUCGUUUUCGACGUAUCGAAGAACGAUGCCGCCUGGAGAAACGCGUGGGGCCAAAAUCCGACUGAAUCGGGACUACCACUGCGCACAGGAACGAAAACGCCAAACUUUUCUAACCUAAAAAACCAAAAAAAUACUAGACCAAAAAAGUCAAAAAUUUGGUGGGUUCUAAGUCAAAAAAAAUUAUUCUAGUGCGCGUAUAAAAGGCUAACAACUCACUGCUUGUGAACACUAGGACUGUAUAUUUUCACCCUUGUGGUGAUGCGUUUUUUAUAUAAUUCCCGGCCUGUUUCAGUUGUGCAAAUUGUGAAGGUUUUGCAUGAUUCUCAUGCGGUUGCAAAGUUGUCAAAUGUGUGGACCUUCUUGUUCAUAAGUAUCACGAUAAGGAUCCACAUCAUUAGCAUGGUACUCCAGUGGUGUGAUCUUUGUCACUAUGGGAUUGCAAUGAUUUCCAUCAUGUUCAUGCUGUUGAUGCUCUUCAUAUUCAUGAAAGUACUAGGAUCAUCGUGCUCAUCUUCUUCAUCUUCUUAUUUCUAUCAUUUGCAGAACAGGGGAACUGGAUCAUUAUACAAGCAUCCCAUCCAUCAUUCACCUUAUACCAAAUGCUCUAUCACAGAUACGCCGAAUUUAUCACGUUAUAAAUUAUAUAAAUAUAGGUCGCUGCGCGGUUAAGAUCUCGCUCGCGAUUCUGGUUGACGUGGUUGACCAAUUUGCAUUGUUCGGACAUCCGCAUAAGAUUGUAGAAAUUGAUGAACUCUUAAGAAGUAACUAA